GCAGAGGAGAUCACUGUAACAGAGAGGGCAAAGACAGAGCAAGAGUUAUCCUUUUUGGCCAUUCUUGUGACCCUUUUCAGGAAAUCCCUAGUUUCUUGCGCCAGUGAUGCUUCUGCCAUGGAAAUUGGUCACCCUACUAAUGUGCGCCAUCUUGCACAUGUCACCUUUGAUAGGUUUAAUGGUUUCUUGGGUUUGCCUCUUGAGCUUGUACCUCAAGUCCCCACUACACCUCCCAGUGCUAGUGCAACUGUUUUUGGAGUUUCAACGGAAUCCAUGAAACUAUCAUAUGACAGAAGAGGGAACAUUGUACCAACGAUUUUACUACUAAUCCAAGAACACUUGUAUGCUCAAGGAGGAUUACAGGCAGAGGGAAUUUUCAGAAUUAAUGCAGACAAUAGACAAGAGGAAUAUCUUAGGGAUCAAUUAAAUAAAGGAGUGGUCCCAGAAGACAUUGAUGUACAUUGUUUGGCAGGAUUGAUUAAGGCUUGGUUUAGGGAGUUACCAAGAGGUGUUCUGGAUUCUUUAUCUCCAGAGCAGGUAAUGACUUGUCAGACAGAAGAAGAUUGCGCCGAACUGAUGAGUCAGUUACCUCAUACCGAAGCUUCACUUUUGAACUGGACUAUCAAUCUGAUGGCUGAUGUUGUACAAGAGGAGCAUCUGAAUAAGAUGAAUGCACGCAACAUUGCCAUGGUUUUUGCACCAAACAUGACUCGGAUGGCAGACCCUUUGACUGCAUUCAUGUAUGCAGUUCAAGUGAUGAACUUUUUGAAGACACUUGUAUCAAUGACACUGAAGGAAAGGAAUGAUUCUGAUGUAGAAUCAUCACCUGAAUUUUAUAUAGAGCCAUUUGAUGAGAAUGAGGAACAUAGUCAUUGUAACUCCUUCCAGCAAGAUGUUGCAACAGAAAAUGAAAUGCUAAGCAAUGAAGCAAUUUGAGUUGCAUCGAUUCAAGAUCAGAGUGGAUAAGAAGCCUGGAAAUGAAAAAAAAAAAAAACAUCAUUGUGC